AAAAAGAAAAAAAACUAUUGAAAGAAAAACACAGACAGAAAAAAGAAAAUAAAAAAAUCGCAAUUUCGCAUCAAAGACUCUUCUCUCUCUCUCUGUCAUCGUUGACAAAAAGGCACAAGCUUUCGCUCUCUGUACAUUCCAGAGAUAAAAGCGAGGGGAAGGAGCCGAGGUCCUGAGCUGAGUAUUAAUCAGAAGCUUUGGCUUCGCCGACGCCUAAGCUUUUCAAAACGACGACUAGUCGUCGGUUUAACCCAUGGCCGAGUCUUCGAAAGAAGAGCUGCUUCAGCUCAUCAAGCGCUUCGGGGCUUACCUCACUGUGAAGAUGUCUAGUAUCUUCCCGAUCUCCCUCCACAACCUGAAUUCACGUUCUAUUGGGGCUAUCGCGGGCUUUGCUGUUGCAAUAGUUUUCACCUGGAGGCUGCUGAGAUCACCCAGUGGACCUCAGAGAAGGCAACCAAAGAGACAGGCACCUGCAUCCAGUAGUUCUGGCAUCAGUUCACAGUCAAAUGCAACAUUGACAACUUCAGGAGUUUCAUCUUCAGAGGACACAAGAGCACAAAAUGUUGUUGAUGAGUUCUUUCAGCCAGUAAAGCCAACUUUGGGGCAAAUAGUUCGGCAGAAACUGAGUGAAGGAAGAAAGGUAACUUGUCGUUUACUUGGAGUAGUCCUUGAGGAAAGUACCCCAGAAGAACUUCAGAAACAAGUGACUGUGAGGUACUCAGUGCUGGAAGUACUCUUGGAGAUCACAAAAUUUUGUGAUUUGUAUCUCAUGGAAAGAGUUCUCGACGAUGAAACUGAAAAAAAGGUUCUACUGGCUUUGGAAGAUGCUGGGGUUUUCACAUCUGGGGGUUUGGUGAAAGAAAAGGUUCUCUUCUGUAGCACAGAGAAUGGACGAACAUCUUUUGUUCGCCAAUUGGAACCAGAUUGGCAUAUUGACACAAAUCCUGACAUCAUCUUUCAAUUAUCUAGGUUUAUCAAGUAUCAGCUUCACAUCUCUCCUACCAGAACUGAACGGGCUGCUUCUAAUGUGUUCAACUCCCCAUCCUUGGAACAGUUCUUUGGAUGUGUUUGAUGAUCCAACAAAUAAAAGAUACAAAUAUAAUCUUUAGGUUUCUACUAGGGUUCUUCUUUUUCCCGCAUUUGGGUUUUAUGUUAAUUUUAAGUUCCAGCUCCAGCUUAUUAAUGCUAAAUGGUUUUCGUGUCUCGGUGUACUUAUGCUGUUGUUAACUUGUUAUUAGUCGCUAGUCAGAUAGACUUGCUCUGUAUCACCCCACCGUUUCAAGGGAUAUCUCAUUGUUUGAAAUUUAUGUAAUAUAUUGGAUCAAAUCCAAACUCCAACUACAAGUUUUGUGAAA